AUGCUGCAAGCACGUUGGGCUAAUGCUCAGACCGCCUUGAGUAUAGAAUGGAGUUCGUUUAGUGCAAAAUACGGCCCUUUCUCCCGCGUACCGGCUUCCGUCAAAGGAACUCAGAUUCCGCUCAAGCAUCUCCUUUAUAUGUCCUCGGUCGCUGCUAAAGUUGAGCCUGCAUAUACUCCCGACCACGGUGCAUUGGCUUAUCUACACCCGUGGCUUUCAAUGGUAAACAGCGGCGCAGUUCUUGAAACACAGCGGGCCUCCUCCGUCCGUACGGGGCAUUCCGAGAAGCCUAAAGGGCUGGAGCAGCCAGAUGUCUCCGCAGAGACGGAGCGACCAGAUGCCUCUGCUAGGACGGACCAACCGAAAAGACCAGCAGGUAUUGACAGCGACGACGAUGGGAGUAACACCCCGCCACCAAAGAGGCAUACUGCUUCUAGGAAGAUAGCCGCGACCAAGACGCUCGGUGGUCCGCUGACUUCCGCUCCUUCCAUCAUCCGCGACUCACAAGAUCUUGGCAGCUCGCCACACAGUCCAGUCAUCAAGUCUGGCUUACGCCCCCUCCCAUGCCCUGCCCCCCCUUUGAUGCCGUCGCCUUCGCCAUGGCAGGCUGAGUUCAAGACCGGAGCGUCUGCAAUGGCCGACGCACUAGGCCAGCUAAUGGUCCAAUCGGCUACGGCAGCGGCGGGACCUCCAAUUGCACCUCUCGUGGCCUCUAUAGAUGCCCAGGUAGCGCAGUUGCCAGAGCAAUUUGCUCGGUCUCAAAGCGCCAUCGCCAAGCUCAAUACAAAGGCCAACCGUGCCGAUGCGCAGAUCAAGGAGGUCAAGGAGACACUCGACAACUUCGCCAAGCGCCAGGAGGAGAUGUUGGUUAGUCUACGAGAUCUAUAUCAGUGUGUUCGGGACGUUGAGAGGCAAAACGGUCGGACACAUGACCUUCUUGACCGCCUUCUCGACCGUCGAACCGAACAUUACAAGGACGACGAGGACGGUGACUAUAGGCGCGCUCAAGUCGACAGGGAAGGGCUAGUGGGCGCGCCUCGUUUCACACGGGAUGUACGUGAUAAGCAAUGA